GAACACUGCCUUUUGUUUUCCUUUUACUGUAUCAGUGUGAUUCUUCUUCUUCUCUUUGUCUUUUGUUUCGAUGACACUCACCGCCCUUGUAUUGCUACUGGUUUUGCUUUUGGCGUUUGACUGAAUUCCUCUUCUGGAGUUUCUAGUUGCUAUUUAAGAAACCAUCAAACAUUUCCGUAUGGAGGCCGUAUGCUGCCAUUUCUUUUUUUUCUUCUUUUAUGCUUUCGUCAAGAAGAGAUCAUUCAGGCUGAUCAUGACUACUUGGUGAAUAAGACGUGUGGCUUUGUUUCUCGUUCCUUACCAUUUUUGGGUCGAAAAGCGUUUUUAUCAGUGCAGUCAUGUCGACUAAUGAACCUGUUGUUUCAGUUGAGUGGCUCCAUGCUAACUUCAGAGAGGCUGAUUUGAAGGUGUUGGAUGCAUCCUCAUAUCUGCCAGAUGAACAAAGGAAUCCAUUUGAAGAGUAUCAGGUUGCCCGUAUUCCUGGUGCCCUUUUCUUUGACAUAGACAGGAUAUCAGAUCAAACUACUGACUUGCCACACAUGCUGCCAUCAUCAGGAGCCUUUGCUGCUGCUGUUUCAGCACUUGGUAUUGAGAAUAAAGAUGGCGUUGUUGUUUAUGAUGGCAAGGGAAUUUUCAGUGCAGCUCGAGUUUGGUGGAUGUUCAGAGUUUUUGGGCAUGACAGAGUCUGGGUGUUAGAUGGAGGCUUGCCAAGAUGGCGUGCUUCAGGCUUUGAUGUUGAAUCUAGUGCUUCUAGUGAUGCCGUUAUGAAAGUGAAUGCUGCCAACAAAGCCGUACAGGAAGUAUAUCAUGGACUAGCAGUUGGCCCAACAAAAUUUCAGACCAAAUUUCGGCCCCAUUUCAUCUGGACAUUCCAACAGAUCUUACAAAACAUUGAGGACAAAACACAUCAACACAUUGAUGCCCGUUCAAAGGCCAGGUUUGAUGGGGUUGCACCAGAACCUCGAAAAGGAGUAAGAAGUGGUCAUAUACCAGGCAGCAAGUGCAUUCCUUUCCCCCAGUUGGAAUUGUUGCAGAUGUUAGAUGACUUACAAACACUUUUACCCACUAGUGAGCUUAGGAAAAGGCUUGAACAAGAAGGCAUCUCUUUGGAUAGCCCUGUUGUGGCUUCAUGUGGAACUGGUGUAACAGCUUGCAUUCUUGCCCUGGGUCUGUAUCGACUGGGGAAAACUGAUGUUCCGGUGUAUGAUGGGUCAUGGACAGAAUGGGCUACACAUCCGGCCAACGCUGUCUCCACUUCCACUUCCACUUCCUGCCCUGUUUGAUUAACACUGGGGAUUUUGAUGAUAGAAGAAGCUAUAUGUAAAAACUGAUGAGUUGAGACUUGAUCUGUGAUUAUUUGUUUUAUGUGAUAGAAGACAGUUGCUGGGAUUGAAUUCUUUGCA